AUGGGCUCCAUUGAUCUGGGGACUGCACCCUCGCCAGCCAGCGUACCUGCACAGGGAAUCCCAUACUUCACCCCAGCAAAUAAUGCCGGCGCUGCACUGGACCCAACAGAUAAGAAUACCCCGACAAUAUUUCGCCCUCUCACGAUCCGUGAUGUCACAUUUAAAAACCGCGUCUUUGUUUCGCCUAUGUGCAUGUACUCGGCAGCGUCCGAUCCAAACUCGCCCUUUGUGGGCGCGUUGACCGACUUUCAUCUCAGUCACCUGGGCCAUCUAGCCCUAAAGGGUGUCGGCCUGGUGAUUGUCGAGGCCACUUCCGUCCAACCAAACGGGCGUAUCUCACCAAAUGACUCCGGUCUGUGGCAAGAGGGCACGGAUUCGGAGCAAUUCAAGGGCCUGAAGAGGGUCGUGGACUUCGUCCAUAGCCAAGGCGCAAAGAUCGGUAUCCAGCUAUCGCACGCCGGGAGGAAAGCCAGCAACGUUGCGCCAUGGUUGGCGAUGAAGAAUGGCGUGAGGAGUCUCAGAGCCGAUGCGAGCGUUGGCGGGUGGCCGGAUAACGUUGUCGGGCCAAGUGGCGGGGAAGAGCAUACUUGGACGCCUGGGAAUGUAUCAUUCUGGCCACCUAGGGAGCUCAGCACUGCAGAAGUAGAGGACUUGGUGAGGGCCUUCGCCAAAAGCGCUGCAUUGGCUGCUCAGGCCGGGGUCGAUGUGAUCGAACUCCACGGAGCGCAUGGAUAUCUGAUCAACGAGUUCUUGAGUCCCGUCACCAACCACCGCACCGACAAAUACGGGGGGAGCUUCGAGAACCGCGUCAGAAUUGUGCGAGAGAUUGCCCAGGAAACCAGAAAGGUGAUUCCUGCGGGUAUGCCGCUCUUCCUGCGUAUCAGUGCAACGGAGUGGUUGGAGCACUUGCCGGUCGCGGCUGAGCGAGGAUCAUGGGAUAUGGCUUCCAGCAGCGAACUGGUAAAAUUGCUCCCGGAACUCGGAAUUGACUUUGUCGACGUGAGCUCUGGAGGCAACCACAAGGAUCAGAAAUUCGAUCCCUUCGGGGACUACCAGAUCAAGCUUGCUGGACAGCUUCGGUCCCAGAUUCGUGCCGCCGGAGCGAAGACCCUCGUGGGUGCCGUUGGGCUCAUCAGGGAGGUAGAGUUGGCGUCGGAAAUCGUGCAGGGAGCAGACCAGGAUGAAGCCCAUCUUGCGGAAUCUAUGCUGGCUGGCUCUGAGCCAAAGGCGGACGCUGUCUUGAUGGCAAGGCAGUUCCUGCGCGAGCCCGAUUGGGUCAUGAAUGCAGCAAAGAAACUGGGCGUCAAGGUCACCACUCCUAACCAGUUUGGAAGGGCAUGGAUGUAA